AUAAAAGAUAAUAUCAUAUAUUUUCAUAUAUUAAGAGAUAAAUAUAUAAAGAAAAUUUUAGAAAGUAAUUGUUUUGGUAUUACGCCACCACUACUCAUAGAUAAUAAUAAAAAUAUUAUAGUAGAAUUUAGUUCUCUAAAUAUUGCUAAACCUUUUCAUAUAGGCCAUUUACGUUCUACAAUUAUAGGAAACUAUAUAGCUAAUCUAAAUAGUUUUUUGCAUAAUCAAGUUACAAAAAUAAAUUAUUUAGGUGAUUGGGGUACACAGUUUGGUUAUAUUUAUCUUGGAAUGAAAAUAGCAAAAAUUGAUAAUAUAGAAAUAGAAACAAAUCCUAUUAGAACAUUAUAUAAUGUUUAUGUUAAUGCUAAUAAAUUAGCUGAAAAGAAUCCAGAUAUGAAGGAACAAGCUAAAAAGAUAUUUCAACAAUUAGAAUUAAGAGAUAAUGUAAUUCAUAAAAAUUGGGAAACAAUUAAACAGUUUACUGUUUUAGAAUUAGAAAAAAUUUAUAAAAGGAUAGGUGUAAUUUUUGAUCGAUAUGAUUGGGAGUCUAUGUAUACUAUUAAAAAUAUAAGUAAAAUAAUUAAUACAAUGGAGGAAAUGCAAUUGUUAAAACUAGAUAAUAAUAAUAGGAAAGUAAUAUAUAUAAAUGAAAAAAAAAGUGUUCCAAUUUUAAAAAGUGAUGGUACAAGUUUAUAUUUAAGUCGAGAUAUUGCUGCUGCCAUUGAUAGAUUUGAAAAAAACAAAUUUGAUGCUAUGUACUAUAUUGUAGAAAAUGGUCAGAGUGAUCAUUUUACAAAUUUAAUUCAAAUUUUAAAUAAAAUGAAAUUACCUUGGGCAGAUAGAUUAAAACAUGUCAAAUUUGGAAGAAUACAAGGUAUGAGUACAAGAAAAGGGGAAGUAAUAUUUUUAGAAGAUAUUUUAAACAAAGCACAGGAAAUGAUGAGACAAAAACAAUUAGAAACAAAAUCAACUAAGGUUCCUUUAGAUAAAAUUGAUGAAACUUCUGAUAUUUUGGGUAUAUCUGGUGUAAUUAUUAAUGAUUUAAAACAAAAUAGAAUGAAUAAUUAUACAUUUCACUGGAAUUCAAUAUUGAAUAUGAAAGGUGAUUCUGGAAUAAAAUUACAAUAUUCUCAUUGUCGUUUAUGUAAUUUAGAAGAAUUAUGUGGUACUACAUUAGUAACAAAAUGUGAUCCAAAUCUUUUAAAGGAAUCAGAAGUUGAUAAUUUGAUUACAUUAAUUAGUCAAUUUGAUGAAAUUAUACUUAAGUCUUAUGAAGAAUUAGAACCCUGUAUAUUAACAAUUUAUCUUUUUCAUUUAUGUAAAUCAAUCAAUAUAGCUUGGCAUAAAUUGAAUGUAAAAGAUCAACCAAGUGACUUAGCAAAUCAAAGAUUAUUAUUAUUUCGUGUGGCAAAAAUGAUUCUUGCUCAAGGUAUAAAAUUACUUGGUUUAACACCUUUGGAAAAAAUGUAAAAAAAAA